UAGAGGGCGCACUUCUGCAAUUCAAUCUCACGUGUGUCGUGUUUGCCGGUAAAAGCUAAUUUUCUUCUCAACAAACCGGAUAGAAUUACUAUUUAAGAUUAAACAAAAUACAGGCAUGGAUUCGUUUUCAUCACCUCCGUCUGGAGGCAAAUUAGAUAGUGCACAAAGAGGACAGAUCAUGGAUCAAGUGAAGACACAGAUCGCACUGGCCAACGCACAGGAACUUCUUCAGAGAAUGACAGACAAGUGUUUCAAGAAAUGUGUAAACAAGCCUGGCACAACAUUAGAUUCCUCUGAACAGAAAUGCUUAGCGUUUUGCAUGGACAGAUAUAUGGAUGCCUGGAACACAGUCUCAAGGACGUACAACCAGCGAUUACAGAGAGAGCAUAACAAGAUGUGAUGAUAGGUGUGGCUCCCCCCGGAUUAGAGGCAGUCUUCCCGGUAUAGUGGCACCCCUGGUAGAAUGGGCACAGACCACUAAGGAGGACAAUUUUACAUGAAUGGAUGCAUUGAGUUUAGUGUGAUUUGUGGUGUACUUUGUAAGGAAUAGUUGAGGUUGAAGUUGUGCUGUUCUGUAAAGGACAUGUAAUUAUUCAUCCCAAAAAUUCAAUAAAACACUGGUCUCAAUCUCAUUCAAGACCACUGUUUAAAGUUUGGGUGCUACAACUGUUCUUGUGGCAGAAUCUCACUCAAUCAUAUAUCUUAGCAAAUCAAAAGCUGCAUAAAAUAUAUAAUCAACAUUUUUACAUGUAUUGAAUAGAGGUUGUAAAACUUGUUUUUUUUAAAAGAAUGUGUGAUGGUAUAUUUUUCAUAUUCAGUUUUCAUAUGAAGUCUCUUUGUGUAGGCUACCUUCAAGUUAGUGAUUGAGUUGAGUUACUCUCGAUGUGUUGCAAGUCCGCAUUUGUCAAUCCAGUCUCAAGUCGUCGUAACUUUUUUUUCCUCCCAAAUGAAAUGAGACAAAAAUAGUCCUUUUUAUUGUUCUUCCCCUGUUAGUUGUGACCUUGAAUUGACCAUCACAAGGUAUCUUGACUACAAAACUGCCUACAGUUUAAAAAAACCCACCUCAUACAUGUAUAAAAACCUGCUGAAACCCGCGGAGUCCUUUCGCAGGAAAGUAUUUCCUUACACAUUUGGAAAUGUUUCUUGGUCCCAGAUUCAUGUCUUUGCAAUAUUUUUGCAAUGACUGACCUUUACUGAGAUGAUAUAUGAAGAAAAAAACGGUGUCAGGUUGUAACAUUCUUUCCCAGGAAUUUUCCACAUUUUAGACGACAUUGACAUUAAUUGCAAAAUAUAAAACUAGUCAUGCUAGUGGUAAUUUUAUUUAUUUUUAAAGGGAUUGCUGUAGUAUCCCAUUUUUUUGGAAGAUCCAAAAGUAGUUGUAUUUUUUAAUUUGAAAUGUUAUUGACUGCAAACUAUUGUUUAUUUGCCAUUUGAUUGCCUCGUGGCAAAUGAAUAAUGUUCCAAUGACUGUUAUCUGGUAUAAUGUGAAUUCUAAACAAUUUUGAAUAAAAAAAUACCCAGGAAUGGUAAAUUGAGUUAAUUGA